AAAAGAGGGAGGAAUGAGGAAAAUCAGGAAAAGAGUGAGUCAAGGAGGAGCCCGGGAGCCUAGGAGUGAAAGGGAGCAAACGCAGAGACCGCAGGGGGCCAGGAGGAGAGGAGACAGAGGCUCAGAGACCUGGGAAGACAAGCAGGGUGGGAGGGGGAGCUGUGCAGAAGGCGCCCAGCCCUGCCCUUCCAUCGCGCUCUCUUCCUCACCUGCAUCUCUGACCUCAGCCUCGCCUCCUAGCCUCCUGCCACUUCCUGUACCGCCUCCUGUGCACCAUCUUGUGGCUUUCUCCUCAGCAUUCAGGAAGGGGUUAUGGUGGUCAUCAGUAAGAAAGCCUUCCCAUGCCAAAGGCUUCCUGGUGUGUGGUUGGAGGAGAGAAUGGAAAUCAGGAUUUCUUGCUCACCGUGAGAUACUGGGGAUGAGGUUGCUUUUGGUGACUCAGUUUCCCUCUGCCUCAUGAGUGUGCUUUGGGAGCCUGGGUGUUGGCAUGAUGAUGGGGUUAGAUAGAGCAAGCGUGGAGGCUGGGGUGGGGGGUGAUGUGGAAGGGGAGGAAAUAUGCUUCCCCACAGCCCCUCGCCAGGCUGAAUCUGGUAGAUGAGGAGAUUUGGAGUCUGAUGAGUCCCACAUCCAUUCUGAAUUGGCUGGUGGUUGAAGGGAAGAGGGGUGGGGUAGAUAAGAACUGGGAUUGAGCUCUGUAUAAAAAGUGGGUUUCAGGGAAUGUGGUUUGAUGGUCUUGUGGAGGACAUAGAAAUGUGCUGGUUUCAAAUGUGUUCUCUUGGGUGUGGGGGUGGGAAGCAGGGACAGGAUUUGUCGUGUUUCUAGGCCAGCCCGAUAAUCCCUUAGGAUGACGGCUCUGCUGGGUCCAGUUGCUCAGCAUGGAUUCCUCUGCUCCAUUCCUGCCCUUCUCUGCCCCCUCCCUCUGUCCUAUAUAUCUUCACUUCUCUCCUUUCUCCCCAUGCUGUGUUCUGGGAGAAUGGCCUCAAGUUGGGGCUUGGCUGGGAGAAGUGCAGAGUGAAGGGAUCAGGACUGAAAUGAGUCGGGAGGAGGAUAAGCAAUCAGGAUCUCAGGAAACUUCUAGAUCUUUUUCUAGUUUCAAUUCUGCCCUUAAUCUAUCCCUUCCCUUUCCCAGGGCCUUCUCACAGCCCACCACUGCUCCCUGAAGUUCCCAGUCUCCAUUCUCUAGCACGUGAAAUCCCUAAAGAACAUUCUCUACUUCCUGACCAUGGUUCCCACGGAGAUAGUGAUCCCCUCCUCUUCACCCCCAGGGCAGGUUGUUUCCAUGGGAACUGUCUACCCUGCUAUAGGAGAAGGCUAUGACCUCCCGCAGACCCUCUGACUCCUUUAGUAGCUGAUUUCUUGUCCUCAACCACCGGCCUCCUCCAACAAGCACAAGCCAUGGAUUGAGGCAGAGUACCAGGGCAUCGUCAUGGAGAACGACAACACGGUGCUGCUGAAUCCACCACUCUUUGCCUUGGACAAGGAUGCCCCGCUGCGCUAUGCAGGUGAGAUCUGCGGCUUCCGGCUCCAUGGGUCUGGGGUGCCCUUUGAGGCUGUGAUCCUUGACAAGGCGACAGGAGAGGGGCUGAUCCGGGCCAAGGAGCCUGUGGACUGCGAGGCCCAGAAGGAACACACCUUCACCAUCCAGGCCUACGACUGCGGCGAGGGCCCGGACGGGGCCAACACCAAGAAGUCCCACAAGGCCACUGUGCAUGUGCGGGUCAACGAUGUGAACGAGUUUGCCCCAGUGUUUGUGGAACGGCUGUACCGUGCGGCUGUGACAGAGGGGAAGCUGUACGAUCGCAUCCUGCGUGUGGAAGCCAUUGAUGGUGACUGCUCCCCCCAGUACAGCCAGAUCUGCUACUAUGAGAUUCUCACACCCAACACCCCUUUCCUCAUUGACAAUGACGGGAACAUUGAGAACACAGAGAAGCUGCAGUACAGUGGUGAGAGGCUCUAUAAGUUUACAGUGACGGCUUAUGACUGUGGGAAGAAGCGGGCAGCAGAUGAUGCUGAGGUGGAGAUUCAGGUGAAGCCCACCUGUAAACCCAGCUGGCAAGGCUGGAACAAAAGGAUCGAAUAUGCACCAGGUGCUGGGAGCUUGGCUUUGUUCCCUGGUAUCCGCCUGGAGACCUGUGAUGAACCACUCUGGAACAUUCAGGCCACCAUAGAGCUGCAGACCAGCCAUGUGGCCAAGGGCUGCGACCGUGACAACUACUCAGAGCGGGCGCUGCGGAAACUCUGCGGUGCUGCCACUGGGGAGGUGGAUCUGUUGCCCAUGCCCGGCCCCAAUGCCAACUGGACAGCAGGACUCUCGGUGCACUACAGCCAGGACAGCAGCCUAAUCUACUGGUUCAACGGCACCCAGGCUGUGCAGGUGCCCCUGGGUGGCCCCAGUGGGCUGGGCUCUGGGCCCCAGGACAGCCUCAGUGACCACUUCACCCUGUCCUUCUGGAUGAAGCAUGGCGUAACUCCCAACAAGGGCAAGAAGGAAGAGGAAACCAUCGUAUGUAACACUGUCCAGAAUGAGGACGGCUUCUCUCACUACUCGCUGACUGUCCACGGCUGUAGGAUUGCCUUCCUCUACUGGCCCCUGCUCGAGAGUGCCCGCCCAGUCAAGUUUCUCUGGAAGCUGGAGCAGGUCUGUGAUGAUGAGUGGCACCACUAUGCUCUGAACCUCGAGUUCCCCACAGUCACACUCUACACCGAUGGCAUCUCCUUCGACCCUGCCCUCAUCCAUGACAAUGGCCUCAUCCACCCACCCCGAAGGGAGCCUGCUCUCAUGAUUGGGGCCUGCUGGACUGAAGAGAAGAACAAAGAGAAGGAAAAGGGAGACAACAGUACAGACACCACCCAAGGGGACCCUUUGUCGAUCCACCACUACUUCCAUGGCUACCUGGCUGGUUUCAGCGUGCGCUCAGGUCGCCUGGAGAGCCGCGAGGUCAUCGAGUGCCUCUAUGCAUGUCGGGAGGGGCUGGACUAUAGGGAUUUCGAGAGCCUGGGCAAAGGCAUGAAGGUCCACGUGAACCCCUCACAGUCCCUGCUCACCCUGGAGGGGGAUGAUGUGGAGACCUUCAACCAUGCCCUGCAGCAUGUGGCUUACAUGAACACUCUGCGCUUUGCCACGCCCGGCGUCAGGCCCCUGCGCCUCACCACUGCUGUCAAGUGCUUCAGCGAAGAGUCCUGCGUCUCCAUCCCUGAAGUGGAGGGCUACGUGGUGGUCCUUCAGCCCGAUGCCCCCCAGAUCCUGCUGAGUGGCACUGCUCAUUUUGCCCGCCCAGCUGUGGACUUUGAGGGAACCGAGGGCGUCCCUUUGUUCCCUGAUCUUCAAAUCACCUGUUCCAUUUCUCACCAGGUGGAGGCCAAAAAGGAUGAGAGUUGGCAGGGCACAGUGACAGACACACGCAUGUCGGAUGAGAUUGUGCACAACCUGGAUGGCUGUGAAAUUUCUCUGGUGGGAGAUGACCUGGACCCCGAGCGGGAAAGCCUGCUCCUGGACACAACCUCCCUGCAGCAGCGGGGGCUGGAGCUCACCAACACAUCUGCCUACCUCACCAUUGCUGGGGUGGAGAGCAUCACUGUGUAUGAAGAGAUCCUGAGGCAGGCUCGUUAUCGGCUGCGACAUGGAGCUGCCCUCUACGCCAGGAAGUUCCGGCUUUCCUGCUCGGAAAUGAAUGGCCGUUACUCCAGCAAUGAAUUCAUCGUGGAGGUCAAUGUCCUGCACAGCAUGAACCGGGUUGCCCACCCCAGCCACGUGCUCAGCUCCCAGCAGUUCCUGCACCGUGGUCACCAGCCCCCGCCUGAGAUGGCUGGACACAGCCUGGCCAGCUCCCACAGAAACUCCAUGAUACCCAGCGCCGCAACCCUCAUCAUUGUGGUGUGCGUGGGCUUCCUGGUGCUCAUGGUCGUCCUGGGCCUGGUGCGCAUCCAUUCCCUUCACCGCCGCGUCUCAGGGGCUGGCGGGCCUCCAGGGGCCUCCAGUGACCCCAAGGACCCGGACCUCUUCUGGGAUGACUCAGCUCUCACCAUCAUUGUGAACCCCAUGGAGUCCUACCAGAAUCGGCAGGCCUGUGUGGUGGGGGCUGCCGGGGGCCAGCAGGAGGAUGAGGACAGCAGUGACUCGGAGGUGGCCGACUCCCCCAGCAGCGACGAGAGACGCAUCAUCGAGACCCCCCCACACCGCUACUAAGGCCAACAACACCUCUCCCGACGCAGAGGGAGAAUUCUGCCCUGGUGAAACAGACACUCCAGACAUGGGAGAUGGACUUUCUGGGAGAACAGAGACCAAGAGGGAGAGAGGCUUCCGAACCAGGCCUCCUUUCAUCUCAAAACCCCAGCGGGCCCUCUGGAGUCUGCCCUGCCCCUCCCCCGGCCCCCCAUCCCUCGCCUCUGGGCUGUCAUGCUCCUGGUGUGCCCCUUGCACUGGGGCUGGCGGGGUUGGAAAGUGGGCUGGAUUUCAGCUGCCUUUCUACCCCCAAUGGCAGCUGCCCCCUUAGCACUCACUGUGUUGGGAAGAGGGUGACGAUUGCAAUGGCCGGGGCUGGGGCUGGGGCUGGUGGUGUGAUUGAAGGAAACCCUCUCCUCUCCCCUUCCCUUCUGUCUCCUGUCCAUGGGAAGCUUCUCUCCCUCUGCAGGGCUCCCUCAGCUGGGCCGUCAUCCCUGCUUCUCUUAUGAUCGCCCCACCUCGUUUUCAUUUCAGUCUGGGGACCCCGUUUCUCCCUCCUUUCCAACUUCCUUCCUUUCUUGUCCUGUUUCCCUUCCUGCCCUUGCAGUCCUGGGGUCCUGCAGUCCCGGCCCCUCCUCCGUGACCUGGUGUGGCCAGGUUGCGGGGACGGGAGGGGACGUGGGGGCCCCGGGUGUAUAUAUAUAAUGUAUAUUUUUUCAAUGUUGUCGUGAGUGCAGCCCCUGUGUUCCCGUGUGCAGCUCACGGCCUUGUGUGUGUGUGUGUGUGUGUGUGUGUGUGUGCGUGUGUGUGAGGCAUCGUCAUGUCCUGGGGCAGGGGCGGGGGAUGGGUGUGGUGAGGGAGGGGACAUAUCCGAGGGUUUUCAAAUAAAACAAUCAGAAAAAAAAAAA